AUGAUGACGCCACCUCUCGUCGUCGCCCUCUCGUUUCUAUACUCAUUUCUCAUUUCUUCUGCUCUUUUGUUUUCAGAUUCAAACAAUGGCGAAAUAUCUUCGUAUCCGAAAACGCAGGCCGAGAAACUCAUAAGGUCCCUCAACUUGUUCCCUGAGCAUGAAGUGAACCGCCAUCGGCCCGAAUCAAAUGAUGCGUCGGUAUCGGAGAUUGUCGAGAAGCGAUUCCAGUUCCCGUUCAUGGAGGCUAAUAAUCCUGUUCAGGACUUGGGCCACCAUGCUGGCUAUUACUCUCUCCCGCACAGCAAAGCUGCCAAGAUAAUAGUAAGGGCCAUAUAUGUUGUCAGAGUUGUAAAAGAUCCCUUUUGGAAUACGAGGUGGGUUCACGCGAUGCAAUGGUCUGGGCAAAAACAGUUUAUGACUGCCAAGGGAAGCCCGUUUAGAGUGGGCGGAGUGGAUGCCGGGCUGCAAAAGGGUUAUGGGCCGCUAACAUUCCUCAAGUUUUACAAUUCGGGGCAUAUGGUGCCCAUGGAUCAGCCCGAAUUUUCAUUGGAGAUGCUGAGGAGCUGGAUGCAGAGCAAUUUGUCUUCCACACUUGUGUGA